AUUUUUCUGAAUUUUUUCACACACAAAAAAAAAAAAUGGUUAAAUCUCGUAAACCUCCAAGUGGACGUACAAAUUUAGCUUCAUGUAUAGUUGCAACAAUUUUCUUAAUCUUCAUCUUCAUUAUCAUCUUCAUCCUUUACUUCACUCUUUUCAAACCUAAAUCCCCCAUUAUCACCGUUAACUCCAUUCAGCUUCCCUCUUUCUCCACCUCUAACGGCACCGUUAACUUCACCUUUUCUCAAUACGUCUCAAUCGAAAACCCAAAUCACGACGAAUUUGCUCACUACGACAGUUCUCUGCAGUUACUUUAUUCGGGUAAUCGAAUCGGGUUCAUGUUCGUACCCGCCGGAAAAAUUAAUUCGGGUCGGACCCAGUACAUGGCGGCGACGUUUUCGGUGAAGGCGUUUCCGUUAACGGUGAAUGGACAACCGGAGAGUGUGGGUGGGCCGACGGUGACGGAUGGGUUGAGUGGGUUUCGGGUCGGAUCUAGUAUGGAAGUGGAGUCGAGAUUGGAAAUGGCGGGUCGGGUUAGAGUGCUCCAUUUUUUUACACAUCAUGUGGAGAGUAAAGCUGAAUGUAGAAUUGGUAUUUCUGUGAGUGAUGGAUCUGUUACAGCUUUCCACUGUUAGUUUUAUU